CCUGGCUGAAUUAUUGCUGUUGCUUUAGGAACCUGUGACGAUGCAGCUAGCUCAUACCUGUGACUGUUUCAGUCUGUCUGAAAACCUAGCAAAGAAUCAAAGCAGCUGACUGGAGUUAGCAAAGGAAACAUAAUGUUGUGCCCAUCAACUUCCAGACCUGGCAGCUUUUGUGUAAGCAAGAAGGAACAACCCGAAACACGGCUGCUUGUUUUAGGACAAGGUGUGCUUGGUGUGAAGCCUUCUGGAGCUAAACGUGCUCACAAAUGUUUCUGGCUUUGCUGCUGUUUAAUCUCUUGGCUUGCAGAAGCUGGGCCAUCUGUGGGGUCACGUGGAAUCAUGGAUUAUCUGAGUUGGAAGGGAUCCCUGAGGGUCAUUGUCUCCAACUCCUGACUCUAUAGAGGGAAAUAAAUGUAAGAGUUGUACAUAGAAGAACACUGUCCAUGGACAUUUCUUUACUCAGGAGACAAUGUCCAACAGAAUGUAUCUGUUUUAAUGUAUAUACAGUGUCUUAUGCUUCAGCCAGAUGUAGCUCUACAGCAACUCUUGUCUUGUGUAGUUGAUUGAAAGCAGGAGAACAUGUUUGAAGGCUCUUAGCAUGUUAGUAACGUCUUUAGUGUUGGAUGCAUUCUGAUAACCUGCUGCCUACAUAUAAAUCAGUGCUACUGUAAAAGCUCAUGGAUGGGCUUUCUUUCUAAGUGUGGAUUUCACAAGCUGAGACUCUUCCAGGCUGACAUAUUUGGUUGUUUAUCUCUGUUUGGGGCAUAUGUAGGGAAGUUACAUGGAUAACCCAGGCUGCGAAUCUGAUCCCUGGUGAUACUCAUUAGGAAUGUAUGGCAGAAUGUAAUUGCAAGGACCGUGGAACUGCUGGAGUAGCUCAGCUGUCUGGGGUAAUCCUCCCCUAAAACAAGCCUGUCUCAGGGGAUGGGAGUGGAUCUGAUGGGAAUUUGGUCAGUUGGGUUGUGUUACUUGUGGGACAAAUUGGGUGCAUGCUUGCAAGGUGGGGUUCCAGUGGCUAGGCUAAUGCAGCGGCUGUAUUAAUGGGUAGGAAGAAACUGAGAUUGCUUCUUUGCAUGCUUUCAUGAGGGAUUGUCUCCAAAAUAGCUGCUGCUGCCCUUUUAAGCCAUCGCAAGCAAAGCAGGCUGACCCAUAGAUCCAGUCUUACCAGAGCAUUGGAAACGAGUGCAGUUAUUACCUGUGCCAAAGAAACUUUGCAUGUCUUCAUUAUGGAAACUUUAAACAAAUGACUUAUUUGUAACUUUGACUUUAGGAUGGAGAAGAAUAAAUGUUAAAGGAAAAGGGAAGUUGCAGGAAUGCUGUGAGAGAUUUGGUGGGGAGAAUGGGAAUAGUAGAGAGAGGAUAAGACUUAUUAGGUACAGCAGAGAGAUGGGGCGUGUGCUUGUUUUAACCCUUUGCUUGCUCACAUUCUGCUUGUUGGUGAGGUGCUAAGGAAGGAUCUGGAUCUUGCAGAAUGCUUUCUGUAGGUGUCAUGGGUUUAUGCUGCUCUUUCAACACCAGUGACUUCCAUAAACCUGUGUCUUACUCAGUGCCAAACGAUGGCAGGGUAUGCUGGAUUUGCUUUUCUUAAUAAGUGCUCUUUUUUGUGGUUGCUGUUGCUCACUGUGUUUUGUUUUGCUUUGCUGCCUCCCUCCCUCCCCAUUCCCUGCCAGAUACUUGCUUGUUCUCCAGUCUCCAGAGAAGUGAGGUUUUGAGGAGCAAAUACACCAACUCCUCCUCCCCAGCACCGCCUGUGGGAGUUACUUCUUCCACAGGGCUGAGACUCUGUGAUUACUGAACAAGCUUUAGCUUGAGCGCAGGCUUGGAAUAGCUCCUUGCUAUUCUCCGGUCGUGCUGAGUGCUGGAUGCUGGCCUUGUGCCUCGUCCUUCAGCUGCGUUCCAGGCAGGGAGCUCAGCCCUGGCGGGGCUGCCUUGAAAUCCCAGGUGUAUUUACGGUGACUCCUGCCCCAUCCCGGGGAGGGUGGAUGGGGAGGGAGGAGAGGCCGUGUGCCGGUACCCAAUCAGCUGCACACCUGCCCGGUGACGAGGAGCAGCCCUUGGCAGUUGGUUGCGGGCUCCUUGUCUCGACAGCAGCGCUGUGCGCGGUGCGGAUGGACUGACCGGCUCUCCCCUUCCCUCCGAACAUGGACAAGCUCGGCAAGAGGGGCUCUGGGUUUGUCAGGACCCGCAUCCCGCGGCCGCAGGUGGUGCUGCAGCCGGUGCAGCUGGUUCGCUGCUCCUGCAGUACCAGAAAUUGUCCUUGCAAAAUGAGCCAGCUUCCUCAGAAGAGCCCUUUGGCUUCCCCAUUGUCAGAGGACACGACUUCCAGGGUAGACAACUUGCCAAUGGAGAGCUUUUGGCUGGAAGUAGAGAACAUUAAACAGAGCACUGAAGCCGAGCAAGAGGAAUGCAGCCUUGCAGAUGUCAAAACACAAGAGGAGGGAGAGGCUGAAGCAGAGUGGCUCCAGGACGCGGGGCUGUCAGACCUCAUUGGGGACCAUGCCUCAGAAAAUGACAACGCGCUGCUCUCCACCCUGACGAAGACCCAGGCUGCUGCCGUGCAGCGAAGGCUGGACACCUACUCCCGCUCACGGAGGAGGAAGAACAAACCUCCUGUGAGGGAUGUCAGAGACAUUUUUGGAGUGGCCGGCUCUGGGGAGCUGGUAACAGAAAAAGAGGAGCCCAGCCCAGACCUGCUGCUGCACAAUAUACGGACUUCCAGUGUUCAGAAACCAGAAGCCCAGGAUUACUCCUGCACAGUUCGAAACCCUGGAAAAGAGGAGGUGUUCAACAUGGAUGUUGCCUACUCAGAGCAAGCAGCUGUCCUGCUCAAAGGGUCAUUCCUGCCUGAAUCUAAAAGAAUAAAGGAUGGGAAUGUGCUAACUAAAUUUAAGAUCCCCAAGGGCAGACUAGGAGUGACCAGGAUUGGAGAUCUAUCUGCUCAGGACAUGAAGAAGAUCCCCACGCUGGCCCUUAUUGAACUAACAGCUCUUUGUGAUGUUCUAGGCUUUGAAUUGAAGAGAAACAAGGCAGCAAAACUGAAAACAACAGAGAAAAAACUCUUUGGAGUCCCACUCAACACUUUGCUGGAGAAUGACCAGAAACUUCUCCCCAACACUAAGGUCCCUCUCUUACUCCAGGCACUGCUGUCCUGUUUAGAAAAGAGAGGACUUGAAACAGAGGGCAUUUUGAGAGUUUCUGGGUCCCAGACUAGAAUCAAGAGCCUGGAACAGAAGCUAGAAAGGGACUUCUAUAGUGGGCUUUUCCGCUGGGAUGAAGUCCACCAGAACGAUGUAUCUGGGCUGCUGAAGAGAUUCAUAAGAGAACUGCCUGCCCCACUGCUGACAGCAGAAUAUCUUCCUGCUUUUGCUGCUGUGCAAAAUAUUCCAGACCUGAAGCAGAGGUUGCAGGCUCUGAACCUCCUGAUCCUAAUUCUGCCAGAGCCCAACAGAAACACUCUAAAGGCUCUACUUGAAUUUCUCAGCAAAGUAGUUUCCAGGGAGAACAACAACAAAAUGAAUCUCUGGAACGUUUCCACAGUCAUGGCCCCAAACCUCUUCAUGCACAAAGGGCUGCCAAACAAGAUUCCUGAAGGGAAGGAGAAACAGCUGGCAGAGGGGGCAGCUGAUGUGGUGCGGAUGAUGAUCCAUUACCAGGAUUUGCUCUGGACAGUCUCCUCUUUUCUGGUAGCUCAAGUGAGAAAACUCAAUGAGAGCAAUAGUAAAAGGUAUCAGUUCUGUGACAAAAGGUUAAAAAAUCUGCUGCGGAAGAUUCAUGCUGAUAAAGACAAAGUGGAAAAGAAUCAAGUGGAGCCUUCCAAGGUUGUGAAAGUCCACGCUUCACUUCUCCUGAAGGAUUCCCUUGAGGUGCAUCUGAACAAUGCUACGAGAGUUGCUGAUGUCCUGAGGCAGUUUCAGAAGAACCUGGGCCAGAAUGGCUGGAAUAUUGUUAACACGGUCAACCUCCUCAAGUGUAACAACUCCACGGAGUGCACAAACUUGCUCCUAUAUGAAGUGGGAGGCAAUAUUGGUGAACGCUGCCUGGAUCCAGACACUUACCUCUUAGACUUGUAUCAUAUCAAUCCUCAUGCUGAAUGGAUAAUUAAACAAAACCCAUCGUAUCCUCGGAUGUUUUAAGGGAAACACAAGCAAAACAGAGCAUUUGGCUCAAGUUUUUGGAAGGCGAGAGAAAGCCAUAGGGAUGUUCCUGGUACGGUCACAGACCUGGACGAUGUUUGUGUCUUUGAAGGCAAAAACAGUUUUAUUUCCUACUUCCAGGACAGCUGGCUGUGAGUACAAAAGCGCACAUGUGAGCAGGGGAGCCGAUAACCAGCACCACUUAUCAUUAUGUAGUAGAACUUGUGGGAUUAUCAUUAUUCAUAAAUAAAAAGCCCUCCAAACACCCCCUGUAGCAAACAAAGCUACAGCUGUUCUACAACAGAGAGGAGCAGCAGCAUCUCUUGAAGAUGGUAAAACAUUUGUUUCUUCUGGAUUUGUUCUUUCUUUUGAUCGCAUCUGUGUUUUAGAGGAGAGAUAAGCCAAUGCUGCCAUGGUACUAAUUGUAUUGAGAUCCACGACUGGGUGUGGCACAUUACCAGAUCUUGAGUUUCACUAAUAUGACCAUUAUGUACUGAAGACUGAAAAAGGAUGCUUCCAAAAAUGCCAGGUGGGACAUAAAGCUGACAUCCUGUAUUUAAUAACUACGGUUAAAUAUAUCUAUGCAACACAAGAAAAUGACUUUCCCUGGAAAACAGUAUGGGAUGGAUAGCAGCCUUUCAGCUGUAUGGUUUGAUGGGGAGAUGGCUGUCCCUUACAGGUCUGCUGGUAAUGCAAGAACAAAUGUGUGGGUUACUGUCGAUCAGAAUUAAACAAGUAUUCACUUUGUUGGACAACCUAUAUAUCGAACAGUUAACCAAGGAGAUAUUCUGAAGGAUCUGAGGUUAGCAAUCUGAUCUGGCCAUGUGAAAACCUUUCUGGAGGGCUCUGUGUGAACAUGACUGUCAAAGCAAAAACUAAGCUGUGUGGUGAAAUGGAGGUCUGUGCAUCCAUCAUUAUAGUGGGUAGCACACUGAGCCGGUUACCGCUGUGUUGUCUGCCUGCACUGUGUGGUCGCUGUGGACUGAAGAGAGCCAAAGGAGAGCAGAGCACUCGCACUGUGUCAUUGCAUUGCUGUCAUCAAACCUGAGCUCCAGCGAGACUGCACUUCUGGAAGAGGAGUGCAGAAAUACUUCUCCUGUUCAGCGAUGCUGAAAUACCUCACGUGAGGGAUUUUACUAUGCAGUUACAGGGAGCAGAACACUCACCGCUCUGAGAAUCCUGACAUCCUUGGUUUUUUUAUACUGUUUUUAAACACUGAUGGAUAUUUAUUCAUGUGGCAGAAGCAGGGCUGCCCUGCAAGUGUAUACUCCAAGUAUUUUGUUUGCCAAUUCCUAGCUGCACUAGUGACAAGCUCCAGUGUUAUUUCUGUUGUUUAACUGAAUUCACUUCCAUUGCAGUCUGAACUUUUCCGCCUGUUUUUAUUUCUCAGGCUGAUGUGUAGCUAUCCCUGUUCAUUAUCCCUGUUCAUUAUCCCUGUUUGUUAUCUCCAAGUUUUGAUUGUUACAUUCAAAGCACUUCAUUUUCUGGUUUGUGUAGUGAAUUUCUCUUGGCGAUAAACAUCCAUGAGCCAUAGGUGAGCCAUAGGUUGUUCCUUCUAUCCUGUUGUGAAUAUGGUGUGAGUGAUGCUGAUGUCUCGAAACUGUGCAUAUAUUAGAGUCAGUCUCCUUUUUAGUUUUGGUUAAGAUGGUGCAGAUGCACUGACUAAAGGGGUCAUCUUCAUAGUAAUUUUCUUUUAAGAACCGAAUAGUGCAUAAAAUAAGGAAAAAACCAUCAACCCCUAACCCAGGGUCAGGACUUCUUGAGGUGCUUCUUUUUUCUUUGGCUUGCUUUUAAGUUGGGCCUAAAAGAGCCCGAUCGUUGUCUGUGAGGUUGGAUGCUCUGUGUCUCUUGAAACAUGGAGCUGCUUUAAAAUUGGGCAUUAAAAAUCAAAGGUACCUAUUCACCUGUUGCUUCUGGAAGUCUUUGUUGCAGUGAUGAAGCUCAUUGAAGAGCAAAUGCCAGCGAUGUUAUUCUCUAGGAAAUGCCUGAUGUGUCAUAGCAUCUUAGGAAAGACGGAAGAACCUGUUCCUGCUCAAAGAUGCUUUGCAGGCUAAAAGGCAGCCUUGCAAAUCCUUGCAUUUUUCUUCAUCUAUCACAUGCUAGAUUUUAUAAGAUUCUUUUUUUCUAUCAUACCGGAUGGAAAACAUCGCAUCAAUGCUUCUGUGAACAACAGAGUGGGUUUUUUCCAUGGGUUUACUUUCUUUCUUGAAUGCUAAACAAUGUGAAUCAGUGCUGUGAUAAACAUGCUUGGAGGAUCUCACAAGACAAAUGUCAGUUCUCAAAUAUACAUGGAAAUGUAAAAGAACCAAACAAUAACAAAAACCAUCUCUUGCCAAGCGAUGGAUAUCCUUUCCUUUCCUUUUUUCCCUUUGAUUUUGUACCAAAGAACAGAUGUGGGUUUCAAACAGUCGCUGUUUUGCAGCCUGCUUCUGGGUGCUGGAUUUCCUAACUUGUUGGGGUUGUUUUUUUUUAACAGAUUUUCAAUUCUGUAUUUAAAACUCAUUUAAUAGGCAAAACAAUAAAAAUGCAGUCAAACUGCUUGGCUCCAGUUUCACUGGGGGAAUGGAGUUAGCCCAGUAAAUGGCAGCAGUCUGUGAGUGUCAGGAGAAAUUUGCUUAUUGCCUUAAGAGAGAUGGACUCGCGUGGAGUCUACUUGAGUUUGACUUUCAUGUUGCAGCUUCAACUGAAGUCCCUCUAUAGAUGGUCCUGCAGGGCAGCUGUGCGAGAUAAUCCAGGAGGAGGAAGAGGAGGUCAAUAUUGGGUUCAGAAAGUGCAGAGGAAGUUUGGAGCUGCUUUCUUGACAGUGGGCUGAAGUCCCAUUCACAAGCACUAAAUGUGAGCAACUUUUGAAGGAUGAAAUUCUAUUGUAAGGUGGGAAAGAUGCCCACAUCCCAUGAGGAGUCUUCCACAUUUCCUCAGCCCCUUCUCUGCUAUGUGCUCACAUUGCACACAUGCUUGAGGGAUAGGCCAUUUGGGCUGAGAAGAGCAAGAAUCCAGCUGUAAUGGUGUAGUUAGGUUAUGAAUAAUAUUUAAAUGUUCAAUAUUCAGUGAUGAAAUAUGGCAUAAAUCCACUGCUAUUUAUUUAAAAAUGAUAAAAAUAGCAUAUUGUCCAGUCUUACUGAUGGGAUAGUAGGACUUGCUGUGCUGUCCCAAGACAAAAGGAAUAAGGGGAGAAUCCAAGUGGCUGUAGAAAGCUUGCAAAGCAGUUAUCUGAGGAAAACACCAGCUUAUCGAGCUCAUUUCACCUAUUCAUCUUCAGUAGUAUCAAAGUGCUGAUCUCUCUCAUCCUCAAGGGCAGUUUUUGAUUGAUCAUUACACGGCUAUCUCCCCUGCUCAAAACAAAAGCCCAGUAUUUAUUCUGUAUGCGGCUUAGUUGGGUGCACUGAGAUAACACAGCGUGGUACAAAAGAAUCUUCCCAAUGCUGGUUCAACUUAGUGUGGAUGAAGUGGAACUGGAAUACCACGUCUCUAAGUCGUUUGUGUCAGGGGAAAAAUCAAACUCUGCAGCAUUACACCAUCUUUACAGGAGCAAGGGGAGUUUCAACACUUGGAGGGAAACACCAGAUGAGAACGAAUAAAUAGGCUUCCCAAAGUAAGUAAAUGACAGCAAACAGCUGAAAACAAACAAACAAAAAGAGUUGUGUUUGAUUAAGUCCAUUGCUUUCCUUUCCUAGUGCACUCUUUGUUUGCUUGUUGAAAACAAAGCAAAUGGCAUCUGUGUUUGUCUGCUGGCUUGUGUCUGUGGGAAUGAAACUUCCAAGCUCCCUGUAAAUCCUGUCUGGCUCUAUGCACCAGGUCUGUUGUGUGCAAAUUAGUGCCUAGUUUGGAGACAGACACAGUUGGAUAUGUUUAUACUGACUUGGUUGUAACUCAGGUUCUUACAGUGCAUGGUCACGUCUUAGCCUUGAAAUGUUCAUGUAAUCACUGUCUGUUUAAUCAGUGGGGCAAUGGAUCUGUGCUUGGAGCUCUCUCCUGUUGGGCAUACCACCAAUGUCCUGACUCUUCUGCCUGACCUGUGGGGGCUGAAGUCUCUCUGUAGGCAGCUCCUAUUUCCUAGAAGGUUUCACCUGAUUCUUACGUGCCUUGUCCUUGGAGAACAAACUAGGAGGCCAUCGUUAAAUGUUUUGUACAAAACACACAGCUGUGCUGAUGGAUGAGCCAGAAACUGCCUGUGGCAGGAUCAGCUCCCAUAUUCUUCCCAGCCAUUCCUCUACCCUACAGGUUGGUUUGUAGCCUUCUUUUUGCUGACUGACUCUUGGGGUAGAUCUGUGUUGUCUAUCCCUUUCCAGUUCCUCAUCAUCUGGGAGAGGCAGGUCAAUUGGCUUUGCCAGGGUCUACUGGGCUUAAGAAGUUUAAAUGUUUUCCCAAUCUGUUUUCCCAGCAAGUACAGGCUUAGCCACAGAUUCUGGCAGUCAGUGUUUGGUGCAGAUGUGGAGAGAAUACAACUGGUUUAUGGUUUUGAUGGGAAAGAGAUUUGGGUAGGGUUUUUCUUGUUUGUGAUCAGAGAGUGUUCUUAGAUAUAGGAGAAAGAUCCAGAUACCUGGAACCAAGCCUCACUCAGAAUUUUAACAGCAUCAAGAAGUGGAGUGGUGUGUAACCCACCUGUGUUAUCUCCUAUCUCAGCAACUUGCUUUUGCCUUGUCAGUGCAAGCAGAGAAAGAUGCUGUGCUGAUGAUCGUCUAUGCUGAUGGCUCGAUAGUAAGCCAUUAUCUGGACACAAGAGGCACUCAAAAAGUGAAAUAAUUGCUUUUUACUUAUAACAAACCAGCAGAGCUGUCCCAGGGUUUCAAGAGAGACAAUUAAAGAUACUGCAUUGUUUUCUUCAACAGGAGAAAUAGACCUGGGGUUCCCUAAUAGCCCUCCUGGUUCUGAGCACGUUGUUGUGGGUUGCAUUUAUUAUGAGCCACUUACUAUUAUCCCUAAUUAUUUAGCUAGGGGGAGGUCUUACGCUAACAGGCGAAUUUGUGACUUGAUGAACACUCAGCUGUCUGUGUUUAAGAUAAAAUUACUGUAAUUAACAAAUCGAUCAACCCUACUUUCACUCUGUUGGCUGGGACAGAACAAAGGGGCUAAAUGAGACGUAUUUAGUACAAAGGUAGAGAAAGAGGUCUGCGGACUUCAGGACACACAGGCUUAAUGCUUUUUUCACACACUGCUUUCAAUGAUAAUAUCACAUAAUUGUCUCUCAUUAGAUAAUUUUGCCUCCAACAAAAAAAGCACUCAUGCUGUGCUCUCUGCAGCUCUGCCCAGUGAGGCAGUUGUGGCUGCUGCAUGGCCAGGUGGGUUGUUUUGUUAAACCCAGACCUCAACAGGGCUGGGCUGAGCUGGAUUCUUGCUGUGUCUGUUGUCAGCCCAUCCUAGCUGUCUAACCACUCCAGGGUUGUGUAGCAUCUAUGCAUGUGUUUAAGGUAACUCUGUUACACUGGACAAGGGACUGGAGAGCCAAGUUGGUGCUCUGCUGGCUGCCGGACUGGAGGUUGCAUGGGUGUGGGGAAGCUGAUAUUCCUGGUGAUGGUUCGUGCUAUACCCGCUCAUCCAGCAGAAAAGAGGUUUGUUUAUAUGUGUUGCAUAAGAUUAGUUUCCAUCAAAUGUAUUCCAACUGAGCUCCUCCUGUACCUGCUGGUGCACAGGCAGCUAUGGUGUGAUAAGGGUAUUAUGUCCCACAGCUCAGUGGGCACCAGGGGAUGCCUGGCUUCAUCUGUAAAGCUGAUGGUUCAUCAUUUGAAGGCCAUGUUUCGCAGCAUGCAUGACUGCCAUCCAUUUUGGAGGCUGGCUUUCAGUGUCAGGCAUUUCACCACUCUUCUCCCAUCCUGCCCAUCGCUAUCCAUUGGGUGUUCCCUCUGUCCGGCUUUGGAGACGUCUGUGGCUGGAGGGGACAUCGAGUGGCUGCUAUAACUGUCACAUUGGUGCAAGGAAAACCUGUACUGAGCCGUCAAAGGCAUUGCCAAGAGCAUGUGAAAGCUUCAUUAGCCAGGCUUUGUUCAGAGGAGCAGUCAGGCGGGGUUAUCAGCCUGGUGCAGGCCGUGGUUGCAUAGCAACCCGACAGGCUGCGGCCCUGCUGCUCCAGAGCAAGAAGAAAUACUCAUUUUCCUCAAUUUAGAGACACUGUAAACAUGAAUUCAUUACUGAUGAGAGAUUCACCAGAUUUUACAUCUCAUCGAUGCAAUGGCAGGCGGCGUUGGCCUUGUUUUGGCAUUGUGUACGUGCGCACUCACAGGUUGAAUGAAGAUGGAACAAUCUCAGAUGGGUUUGUUGUGUUGUUGUUUUGUUUUCUGUCAGCUGGUUUUCAUCUCUUUGUCCUGCUGGGACUCAGAGUGAGGUCUGGAAAUGUCAUUACUACUUCUGGUUUUUCAGGCCUCAGGUUUGGUGUACAUUGGGUGAUGAUGGCUGGGGGUUGAAAGAACUCCAUCCUGAAAGAUGAGCUGGGCUUCUGAGACCUCGUGUGGACAUCCCUGUUAGAUUUGUUUGGAUUUAAUGCCCCUGAGCCCACUUGGUACAGGGCAGCACACUGUCCCUGUGGGUGGUUAGCUCUUAACAUCUGUAUUGGCAGAAAGAAUGGGCUUUGUGUGUUAUGAAACUUCUCCCUUUUAAUAUUGAACCAUAAUAUAUCUUCCCUUCUUAUUAGCAAUUCAGUCUGCAGACUGAUUCAGAUUAAGUUGGACUUACACUGUAUUAAACACUUUAAGAAAAAAAGCAGAAGGGCUCAGGAUGUUUAUGAAAAGCAAUUUCCUCAAUGCCAGGCAGUUUAAUAACUCCAGAGCCAGUGGCAUUCAGGCUCAUUUAUUUUAAGCUGUGUUUCUAAACUGUGACAAGUCAAAAAUAAAUAAAGCAGGGUGGCAGAUUUGGCAUAGGAGAGAACUCAUUUUAAAGUAAAGAAUAUAUGCAAGUGCAAGAAAUAACGUAGCUUAUAGGUCCACACCAUUACAGGCUUGUUCCGUGCUGAACCAUCGGCAUGAACAUUUGGAGGUGUACAUGGCAAAGAAGAGAAAACUCUACUAAUCUCUUGUCCAAUAGCUUUGUUUCUUGAAGUAGGAAGAUUGUUCUGUGUAUCAGUCUGGAUUUUUUUCUUUAAUCAAGUUCCUGGUGGAGAGGUGUAUAACCCCAGGCAGCACUUUGCACCUGAGACCUCAGACCUAUUCAAGCAAUAAAUGCAAGUGUUGCAGUGUGUUUCAAAGGACUUGUUAAAAAUAUUGGAAAUUGGUACCUUGUAGGAAACAGAGUGAGUUAAUGCUGUUUGUUGGAAACACCUUCUACAUGCCAUAAGGGACGCUGAGCAGGUCAACUGGAAUGUGUAACAGCAUCCACCUGUCUCCUGCUUCUGUUUAUGGAUAUUCAAGCACAGAUGUUGGUGUUUUUGAGAUAGGCUGGAACAUGCUGAAGAAUGAAGCUGAAAUGCUUUGCUUUGUAUCCUGCUCCACUUAAAGAAAUAUGGGGAUUUACAGCCCAGGAAGGUUCACUGUGUUCAAUGGAGCAGGUCCAGAAUGUAAAAAAGUUUCCAAUAAAAUGGAAGGGCCAGAUUGUCAUUAAGGCACAGGUUGUAGAAACUGGCUUCAGUUGGAGAAGCUUCCUUUCAGAUUAUUCCUUGAUAAACAAUACCCCCAUCUUUUCCCUAUGAAAUAUGAAAUACUACAAAUGGUUCCUUGCUCCCAACAGUUUUAGUCCAGAAACGUGCAGGGACCUGCUCUCACUGCUCUGUGCCAUACUUCUGACCAGGCUUCUUGUGCCAGUCCUCACCUUAUCCAGGUGACAGAGCUGCACCACAAUCUGGAGUCUUCCACCUGUUGAUGAACUUAGGUAUGGGCUUUGCUUGUUUGAAAUAGUCUUUCAGUGCCAGCUGGACUGGGUGAUGCUGGAGUUAUGGGGGCCCUCUCUUCAGUGAUUGUGUGGAUAAUGGAUGGAGCAAAUGGAAAAAUAUGUUAGAAAUGCUGUCAAGAUCCAUGACUGCUCGUUUGUGACUUCAACAUUAUCCCAAAUAAUGCUUUUUUAUAUUGGAUUGUAUUACGGUUGUGAUGCAUGAUGUAUCUUUGCCCUACAAGCAAGGGUACAUAAUAAUAGUGUCUCUCAGCACUGUAGCAUUUCAGCAAGGCUUUCUGAGAUCAAGAUUGGCUUCUUUAAACAUUACUCCCUAAAUCCUGGCCUUCCGAGACAGAUCAGGCUUAAAAAUAUCUUCACCCUUCUGCCUGCUCCCCUUCUUUGUGUCCUAAAGCCUCUGAUCUCCAUGAAUGAGUGAAUUAAUGCACAUGUAAAUGCCUACAGCAGAACGCAAAUGCACAACACAGUGACAAAUGCUGCUUCGUUGAUGGUCAAAGGAUUAUUUUUAGAACUGCUGUAAUAAACAGAGUCCUACAGCUUGCUUGCCUUAGCAAAGAUUAAAUGGGAAAAAUGCAAUGCUUAGUCCUCCCUCAGUCCUGUCUGCGAGGAUCUCUGCUCUCAGAUCCAUUUCUGAAUCAUCUCUUGAUGUGUUUGGCUGCGGGGCACUGACCGAGUCCCAGUGUAGUUGAAGGCUGAAUUGCAGCACGCCAUGCAGGGCUGCCCGCUGCUACAGCAGGCACACGCCUCGGUGACUGUCGUUUGGCUUUUUAAUUCCUUAGAUUUAAAGGCAUGCUGCCAAUGUGUGUAUGGAAGGUCAUCUUGCUUAUGGAGUCACAGAGAGCAAGAAUUAUCAUCUCGAUUGUUCACAGUGUUUUCAGUUCACAUUCUGGCUCGCCAGUGCUUUGCUUUCAGUCCAGAUUUUACGAGAUAUGACUUUGUCUGCCCUUCCUUCCCAAACAGCCUGUCUAAAACAUACCACAGGCUGAGGAAAAUUUGUCUGAAAAUUGUACCUGAUUUAAGGCUUCCCUGCAAAGCAGAGUAGCUGGUCAGGUGGCUGGAUAAUACAUCAAAAUAGCAGAGAAAGCAGAUAGUCUGCCAGCAUUCACUGCUCAGCUCUGAUGAUGCAGUCCCAGCUGUUUGCAAUCUUCACUUUUCUAGAGAACCCAUUUCCAAGACUAUAAUCAUUUGACAGCUUUUAAUCUUCCAGUGCAGAUGUGACAAAAUAGUUUCAUAAUCCUCCGCUGUGCUUUAGGCUGCUCGUCCUGUGGAUCUGUGGCUGACUAAUGCAUGGCUUUGUCCUGUGCUAUGUAACAAAGCCACACUGGCUUCAGCUGUGUGAGCCACAGAACCAUCACGUUCCAUACAGUAAACGCCUCCAAAAGUGAGUGCACUGUAAAUGCAUCAUUGUGAUUUUCUAAACGAGUUGGAAACUCGAAGCAAAAAGCCACAAAAACACAAAGCAAAACCCACAAUGAAUAGCACCUGGGGGAAAAAAAUCCACUUGUGUGAGUCAUGGUAAGGAAAUCACUGGGGCUGAGUAGUACCCUUGGAAUGAGCACGGGAGUGGCUUUCCCAGUGCUGUGCCCACAACGUGGCCUCCCUGCUUUCAGUUAUGUUAGAUGAUGUGUGGGCUUGAGGCCAAAAAUGGGAGAUGGUGACUCACCCUUGCUCCAAAAGGGUGUAGACCAUCAGGCAACAGCUCACUCCCUUCUGUUGUAAAGGAUGCUGAUGGCUUAAGAGUGAUUCCGUGAGUCAUCUGCAGGAGGAAAAGCACAGGGAUGAUGGGGAUCAAACCAAGGAGUGUGUCGUUUGAGGGGUACUUUGCCAUGAGUCCUAUGGGGAUAAAGUUUGAAGUUGAAGCUGCUUUGAGAGAAGGAGGAGGAAAUGGCUGAUUAUAUGUCUGAAUGUUUAAUUAUACCUUGUGCACGUGAUCAACUGAGGUUGUGUGUGUUCAGUUUACACCUACAGUGCACUGGUUUGACCUUGAUAAGAAUCUAGUAGUUGUUUUCUUAGGAAUAGUAAUAAUAACAAUAAGACUUAAAGGUAUGGACAGGCACGAGUCCAAAGAUGAAUUGGGGUAUAAAUCCCAUCGUUUAUUCUCUGUGUUUUUAGAAACAAGAAGUGACUGACGUACAUGCUUAAUUCAAACUAAAUAGCCUAUAAAACAAGCUCCCCAAGGCUAAUAAUAACAAUAUCAGGAUAGAUGAAUAUAGGAAUGAUUGAACACAGGAUACGCUGAAGAGCGAAUAUGGAAUAUCAGAUACAUAUCAGGCUAGCAAGAGCGGGCUGCUGUUUAUGGUCUGUGCAGAAUUCCAAUCCAUCAUCUGACCAGAGGAUGUAAUGCAGUUAGAAACAAAAAAGAUUCCUCUGUCCAAUGUAAUACAUGCCCAUUAUAAACCAGCAAAUGCAAAUAAUCAAUCAAAAGCAGCAAGCAAACAAAAGGGAAAUAUCAUCAAGCAAUAAUUCAGAUCACAGCUGUGAUUAUGAGCAAUAACCUUAAAUCUGCUAUUUAAUUAAUAUUAAGCUCCUGACACCCUCUGUGUUGGAGCCCAUAAACUUUCUCUGCCUAAUAUGACAGUAGCAAGACGUAACACUGUGUUCCUCACGUCUCUGUGGAAGGGAAUUAACCAUUCAUGGAUCCCUCAUCAAAAGCUCUCAGGUCUGAGUGCAUAAAUAACACUCUCUUCAUCCCAGAGCUGUGGCAGUGACUGAGCACCCCACAUCUGAGACAGUCUGCAGCAUCAGUGGCCCAGGAACCUGUGGUCUGCAGGUGCUCUGUUCGAGCAUUCAGCUUAGCAGAGGAGAUCUGGUGUCUUCAGCAGCCAAAUGUGUGGCUGGAGAAGUGACUCCUACCUGUCCCUAAUGCCCGGAUGGUCAUAGACUGCUUCCAGGUGAGUGAGCUGGCUGCUAGAUAGAUACAUCUUUGCACUAAGAUUUUAUAUUCGCUGAUGGAAGCAGCUUCCUUCACCUUCCUGUGCUUUGUGAGUGUGUGUUUGUGUUAAAUGACCUUUGGAAUGAAAAUAUUAACAGAAAAGGAAAACAUGGUUGUAAUUUAUGAAAUGUUAGCCCAGAUGCCUCUAGGGGGCUGUAGACCUUUCAGUCUUUCAAGCUGAUACAUUGCUGUGGUGCAAGCAUCGACACAGGUGCACUUAAAGAGUCAAUUAAGGGAAAGCUGUGUAUUUACAGAGGCUGGGUUAAUUCUGCAUUUCGGCAACUUUCUUUUUAAGCAGUUGAGCCUGCUGGUAUUGCUUAAAGAGGCUGCUCGUUCAGAACGUGCUGGAGGAGGUGAGGAGUAAGGAGAUGGAGCACAGACUGGUGCCAAACUGUGAUGUGCUCCUGUGGGGCUGGGGAGGAUCAGACAUCCCCUGGUCAGCAAUGUCAGGGCACAUCAACCCAUGGUGGUAGGCUUUGGAUGUAAAUGGUGUUAGCAAAUGACUGUAAGUAAUUGUCACAUUACAUGUUAUCUGAAAGAGAACAAAGAAAGUGGGUGCUCUGCUGGUAGUUGGUUUGUGCAAUUCAAUUUCCUGGGUAAAAGCCCUGUUUCUGUCUUCAUUACUGGCCAGGAGUUUCCAUGCAGGGGUUGUAAGAACCUUAAAAGAUUCUCUUUGAACUUUGAGGUAGAUCAAUGCAAAAUGAAAUGGGGGGAAAAUUGUUUAUUGCUGAAGAAAAUGCAGCACUGUGAAUAAUAAGGAACAAAAUGCAGCCGAGGGCUCAAAUUGAAUCUCUAUUAUGCCUAUGAUUAAAGAUAAUGUGCUUGGAACAGGGAAUUACAGGAGGGUUUCUGUGCUAGGCUGAAAACGCAGUGAUUACUGCUCCGGAGCCUUCAUUGGCCUGGGCUUGAUAUCUAAAUCACAGGGCUAUUACAUGAAAUGAGCGUGUGCUUAUUCUGCAAUGCAAAGCCCCUCCACUGCCCAGCUGGUGGAGGGAAGUGGCCCUGCUCAGGCUUGGGGGGACUUUGUUCCCCUGGUUUGGUUGAUAGUUGAUGGUUUGUAAUGCCUUGCAGGACAAGAGGGGCUGACUGUGUUCUAUCUCUGUCCCUUUUGUGGGUGAUGAGCAGAAGGUGAGCUGGCUGAUGCAGGGGAGAAGUGUCAUUCCUGCUGCUGGCCAAAGCCUUUCCCCAGCUCCCUGUGCUCUCAGAGGCAGCAGUGCAGAACUGGAGACCCUGCAGAACUGGGGCAUGAGUGGGUUGAGUUGUGGCUUCCCUUGAAAAACUCAGAAAUGCCAAGGCAAAGGAAGGGGAAGGAAGUGGAGAUGAGAGAGCUGAGAAUGAGGGCAUGCCCAACUGUGCUGGUGCAUUGCAGAGCAGGGGAGCUGUGGGCUGAGAUGGGCAAGUGGUAAGGGCUGAGCUUUGUUUCUGAUUAUAAAUGUCAUUGUAAGCCUGGAUAAAAGUUAAGUCUGUAUUAUGUCCAUGCAGUCCCAUGUAAACUUCCAGCCACUUCAUGAGUGACUUUUGUAUUAAAACUUAUCACUGAUUUUUAUGAAA